ACCGCUACUAUUGCAAAAUCUCGUGGUACCUUGAAGGACAUCCACGUGAGUUUGUAAACAAGACCGUGAAUGGACGAAGGCGGCCAUUCUCCGAGCUCUGUGACAUGAGGGCCCGUCACUUUGCCCUGGCAGCACUCGCCAGCGUCCUGUGUCUUUGUCAGAGCUACACCCUGAGGAGCUCCGUGUCGUGGGUCGUGUCCUCCAACGCCGUGGUGGAGGAGCUUUGGAAGCAGGCGUACACGUCCUCAGACGCCCUCGGUGACGGCGUGGAGAAGCGCGAUGAGCUCGACAAGUCCGGAGACGAGGAUGUGGCGCAGCUUUCCUCCCGUUUGUUUUCGUAUCGGCUGGAGAAGGUGAAGAAGAACGCUGACAGCUCUCCUCCUCCUCCUCCGCAACGGGACACUGCCAGGACCGCCAGAUACAUCGCUCACUUCAGUGACUGGGGCCACCUGGCCACCAUUUCAUCCCAAGACAAGAUCAAAGGUCUCCCCUUUGGAAACAUCUGCCCAGUCAGUGACGGCCCACGGGACCAUAGCACUGGAGUUCCCUACUUCUAUGUGACUCCAAUGGACGACACCGUGUCAGGCCUGAAAACUAACCCCCAUGCAUCACUUACCUUGUCGGAGCCUCACAUUCAACUCCCCUCCCUGCUCAUAUUAAAGGAAAUGCUGUAUAAUCCGGAGGUUCCAAGGUGUGCUCGACUCACGCUAACAGGCAAGAUGGUGGAAGUGGACCCAGAGGAGCUUGCAUUCGCAAGACAGGCAAUGUUCUCAAGGCAUCCUGCAAUGUCAAAGUGGCCGGUAGCGCACACGUGGUUCUUCAUGAAGAUGGAGUUGAUCCGGGUGUGGCUGCAGGACUGGGUCGCAGGCACAUCAGUCAUUGCACUGGAGGACUACUUUAAAGCAACACCCUUCUGAGACUGACACUCUUUUUUUACAUCACAACAGCCCAUAAAAACAGGCCAGCUCAGCUGGUUACACUACAUGCCAACAACUCCAAAACAGCUGUGUUCAAAGAAUGUUUUUCUUACUUGCUAUUGCUGUUUUAAAGUGUAAAGGGGAAAACUGUAAUGUUUACACCUACUUUUUUUCUGUUCAUCUCAGUUUCAAAAGAUCUUUUAUUCCGUUUUUCUUUUUUUGUUGUUGAAUGUAUUUAAAACUGGUGUCAAAUUUCAUUCAGCCAGGACACAAAAUGAUUCAUUUAUUUAAAAAGCAGCUAUUUUAAGGGUUUUCAAUAAACUAUAUAUGAAUGUUUA